AUGAAGCGAACCACAUCCCUUUUCCUAUCAGCAGUCGCUGCGACAAGCAGCUUCACGCGCCUAACUACCGCCCAAAAGCUCGCCUUUGCGCACGUCGUCGUCGGCGAUACCGCAGCCCAUACUCAAUCAACCUGGGAAAACGACAUCAAACUCGCCCACGCCGCUGGUUUAGACGCCUUCGCUCUCAACGGCGGGUUUCCCGACAGCAAUGUCCCUAAACAAAUCGCAAACGCAUUCGCAGCCUGCGAAUCACUCGCCAAUGGAUUCAAACUAUUCGUUGCAUUUGAUUAUCUAGGCGGUGGUCAGCCCUGGCCUGCUUCGGAGGUUGUAUCGAUUUUGCAGAAUUAUUCGAGUUCAGAUUGUUAUUUGCAUUAUUCCAAUAGGCCGUUUGUGUCUACUUUUGAGGGGACCGGGAAUAUUGAUGAUUGGGCUCCUGGGGGUGCGGUUCGGGGGGCGGUUGAUGUUUAUUUUGUGCCGGAUUGGACUAGUUUGGGGCCUACGGGGAUCGGGGCGCAUCUCGAUAAUAUUGAUGGAUUCUUCAGCUGGGACAUGUGGCCCAACGGUGCCUCUGAUAUGACUGCCGACCACGACCUUGCAUGGGUCAACGCCAUCGGUUCAGAAAAGACGUACAUGAUGGGUGUUUCUCCAUGGUUCUUCCACAGUGCAAGCGGAGGCACCGACUGGGUCUGGCGUGGUGAUGAUCUCUGGGCCGAUCGGUGGAAUCAAGUCAUGACAGUUGACCCUCAAUUCGUCCAGGUCGUUACAUGGAACGACUGGGGUGAAGCAUCGUACAUCGGACCCUUUGUAACCGACAACGAAGUCCCCAGCGGUUCAUCCGUAUACGUCGACAACAUGCCGCACGAAAGUUUCCGUGACUUCCUCCCUUACUACAUCGCGACUUUCAAAGGUGACAAGUUCGACAUCUCUCGCGACCAAAUGCAAUACUGGUACCGUCUCGCGCCCGCCGCAGGAGGUAGCGAAUGCGGUGUUCUCGGCAACAAUCCUGAUCAGGGUCAAACAGUCGUCGAUGUUAACUCCGUCGUGCAGGACAAGGUCUUUUUCAGCGCUUUGUUGACCUCCCCUGCUACGGUUCAAGUGCAGAUUGGCAAUAAUCCGGCGGUGUCAUAUGAUGGUGUAGCGGGAAUAAAUCAUUGGAAUCAGGAUUUUAACGGCCAGACUGGUGUGGUUAAGUUUAGUGUUGUGAGGAAUGGUGCGACGGUCAAGAGUAAUACUGGGGCGGAGAUUACAGCGUCGACUUCGUUGGCGAAUGGGUGUACCAACUAUAAUACCUGGGUUGGUAGUUUUUAA